AUGGACUUCCCGGAGAAUGGGCCCCGCGGGUAUGCGGGCUCCGGGUCCUUCCCAGACUUGAUGAAUGAUCCUGCGUACGCUACGAAUGUCAACGCUGACGGGAGAGAAAAGGGCUUCGAAGAACCGGAUACAUGUCGAAUCUGCCGUGGGGAGGGCUCGGAAGAUGAUCAGCUGUUCUAUCCCUGCAGGUGUAGCGGGAGUAUCAAAUUCGUUCAUCAGUCUUGCUUGGUGGAAUGGCUGUCUCACUCGCAGAAAAAGUACUGUGAACUAUGCAAAACACCGUUCCGUUUCACUAAGCUCUACGAUCCGAAAAUGCCACGAGACCUCCCGGCUCCCUUAUUCCUGAAACAAUUGACGCUCCACAUCCUCCGUACAGUUGUGACAUGGUUGCGGUUCGUUCUUGUUGCGUUUGUUUGGCUUGGAUGGUUGCCAUGGUCUAUGAGGGCUAUAUGGAGGGCACUUUUCUGGCUUGCAGAUGGCCGUUGGCCAGGCGGGAAUACUUUACAGCAAAACACAACCAAGGCUGGGCGUGUCGCAGAUGGUGCUACUUUAACCGAGGCUGUCGUUGCUGCUACCAGUUCGGCAGUUUCAGCUGCAGCGCAGUCGACGGUGACUGAUGUGCGAGCAGUAGAGUCACCAGCAUCUUCAAUGUUCAGCUAUUCAACCGGCGAGCCGUUGAUGCUAGCUUUUAUUAAAAAGGGACUUUCAACCCUAUUUCUCCCUGCUAUUUCAUCCAGUACUGCGCCAGGAAACGCAAACGUGACCACAAGUUCCCCCAAACUACGACAACCCUCAUGGCUUUCUGAUGUGAAGUUUCUGAAUUCUUUGACACGUUCUCCGACAAUCAACAAUAUCAUCAUUGAUACUCUGGAAGGCCAGUUGAUCACGCUAUUGGUUGUUCUUGCUUUCAUCUUGGUUUUUUUGAUUCGAGAAUGGGUCGUUCAGCAACAGCCAAUGGCGAAUAUUGCCGACGGGGAACGUGAAGCUGCUGUUCAAUUGAUCGCAAAUAAUCCGCCUAAUCAGGAAGGUCCUCAGCCUGAGUUGCAGCCCCAACCUCAUUUGCAUGAACAUGAAUUCCAUAAUGAUGAAGCUGAAGACCCUGUUGAACGAAUCUCCGACCACGGAGAGGAAGAAGAGCUUCCGCCGACCCAAGAAAAUUCUAUUAGAGAAAGCCCGUUCGACAUUCGAAAUAUAGGAGCGGAAGGAUUGAACACUUCUGAUUUCAUGAGUCCCAGGAGUUCAAGUCACGGGACAGGGUAUCACCAGACAACGGAGCAAGCUCCGGUACACAAUCAGCUAUGGCCUACAUUCAGAGAUCUUUGGAUGCGUGGCGAUGGUAAUCCGGAUCACAUUCUAAGGAUCAUUGAGGAAGAAGGCCGUCAGGAGGAGCUGGACUGGCUUGUAACCCUGAUGACGAGACUACAGCAGAAACGAUCUUCUAAUCGUGACCCCGCCGAUACCGACGCCAGUGCUACGAUGGACUCUUUGAUGAACAACAUCGAGACAAAUAGGGACGAGUUUCCUGCGUUUCUAGAAGCGUCGCACGCAACCUCUGCGAAUCAAUCUCAACCUGAGUCUUUGGUCAAUAUUGGUUCCACUCGAGAUAUCGCACCUCCACGCUUUGGAGGGGAAUCAGGUGCGAGCUCAUCAAGUCAUGCGUUUACCUUCGAUUUCCAGAGGCAAGCCUCAGACGUUUCAACAAAUCCGGAUAACGGCCCAGUUGCAGAGUCGAGUGCGACAGCAGCUUCAAAUGAUAGAAUUUAUUCUGGCCAGGAACAUAGUGCUGCCAAUACACCAGCCCCCAACGACACGGACAGUAUGGGUCCUAGGCCGUCCGAAAACCACCAUGAAUCCUCACACACGGCUGAAUCUCCUGCUCGUAUUCCUCGACCACUUGCCGAGAGAGUUUUGGAUUGGUUCUGGGCUGAUAUUACCCUUGAAGCUCAGGCCCAGGAGCGCCCUCAACAAGAUGACGAGCAUAUCGUUGAGGACCCUGCACUUGAAGAGCCGUUUAUACCAGUACAAAACAAUCAACAUUUCAUCGAUGACAUUGAUCAGGACGUUGUCGAUGCUGCAGGCGAGCCUGUUGAUGCCAACGAUGUUGAAGCUAUCGAUGAAGCGGAUGAUUUGGAAGGGAUCCUGGAGCUUAUCGGCAUGCAGGGACCUAUCUUCGGCCUUUUGCAGAACGGUGUUUUCAGUGCACUGUUGAUUUCUUUCACAGUGGCCCUUGGGAUUUGGCUUCCGUACCUAUGGGGCAAGAUCGCGCUGGUUCUUCUAGCCAACCCUAUAGAACUCAUCUUUGGGGUUCCUAUGACGGCUGUGUCGGUGAUCGCGGAUGUCACACUGGACACCCUCAUCGGAAGCUUGGGCUAUGUGAUGUACGCGAUUAGCAUCAUCUGCAAGGUCCUACUCAGUCCUUUUGGUUCCAUCGUGCCACUAGGAGAUUGGGUUCCUCGAACUAAGACCGUGACCAAUGCAUCAUUGUCUUUGAUCGAUGCCAGCGGUAGUCGAUUGAGGAAAGUGAUCAAUGCAUUCUUUGUCUUUCAUGAAUCAGAUGUUCCUAUGUUUUCCGUUCUUUCUCACCAGGCUUUGAAGAUUCACGAAGCUCGGAUUGUGGGUCUCUUUCGGGCACUGUUUGUCGUUUGCAAAUUCAUAUUGCAUGAUCUUCCACUCCGACUUAUUACACUCGACUUACGGGGCCUGUCAUGGAUUGACUUCAAGACGAUAAAUUUCGGCAAUAUCAUAGUGCAGACGCGAGGACAACUUCAUGACUUUGUUCGUCACCCAUUCCUUUCACUAAGCAGCACAAAAUGGGUCAAUGCGGGCUUGGCGAAGACUGCCUCAUUCGGUCAGCCUAGCGAUUAUCACUUACUCGCCGUUUGGGGCUCGGGAGACCGGGUGAUUGCAAUCAUCAUGGGAUAUGUUCUUGCAUCAGUUCUCAGUCUUUUGUACCUGCGUAUCACCGGUUUCCUUUCGGGGGUCAACCGCGGGCAACGGAUGGAAGGGCUUGUGGCCGAUGUCCUUCAUCAAGCUGGCGGGGUAAUGAAAGUCAUCCUCAUCAUUGGAAUUGAGAUGAUUGUCUUUCCAUUGUAUUGCGGUUCGCUACUUGAUCUUGCCCUUAUGCCUCUGUUCAAGAACGCCACCAUUGCUUCGCGGAUUGAAUUCACCAACACAACGCCUCUUACUUCUCUUUUUGUGCAUUGGUUUAUUGGUACAUGCUACAUGUUCCAUUUUGCCCUUUUCGUCUCGAUGUGCAGAAAGAUUAUGAGAAGUGGUGUCCUUUAUUUCAUCCGCGACCCCGAUGAUCCGACGUUCCACCCCGUGCGAGACGUCUUGGAACGCAACAUAACCACCCAGCUGCGUAAGAUCGCAUUUAGUGCAAUGGUCUACGGAGCAUUGGUCAUUGUUUGCCUUGGUGGUGUCGUCUGGGGCUUGAAUUACGCCUUCGAUGGAAUCUUCCCAGUCCACUGGGCUGCAACUAUUCCUAUUCUUGAAUUUCCUGUCGAUCUACUGUUCUACAACGUCAUCAUGCCAUUUGCCCUCAAAGAGAUCAAACCUGGAGAUGGGCUCAAUGAUCUGUAUGAUUGGUGGUUCCACAAAUGCGCACGUUUGUUGCGAUUGACGAACUUCUUCUUUGGUGAGAGGCAGCCUGAUGAGGAAGGACAUCAUGUACGACAAACUUGGUGGGAUGUGCUGUCGGGGAAGAAGGGUGACAUUACACAUCCAGUUGUUGGCGAAGAACAGAGAAAGCGCGCUGAAAGUGAUGGCCUUGAUGCAUACUUUGUCCGCGAUGGUCGAUUUGUGCGAGCUCCAGCGUCUGACCAGGUUCGCAUUCCGAAGGGCAGCCGGGUGUUCUUGGAUGUGACGGAAGAUAACAAGCGACUCGAUGGUGCUCCGGAUACCGAUACCGGGCUACAUGGCUGGAACAGUGAAUCGUUCACCAAAGUCUACGUGCCGCCGUUUUUCAAAAUUCGCAUUGCAGCUUUCAUCUUCUCGUUAUGGAUCUUCGCGGCUAUCACAGGUGUAGGGAUCACCGUUCUUCCACUCGUCACUGGCCGCAAGAUCUUGUCGUCGUACUUCCCCAAGCAUGCCCCAUUGAACGACAUCUAUGCCUUCUCCGCUGGGAUCUGCAUUGUUGGUAGUGCUGCCUAUGCUGUGGCGUAUUGUCGAACAGCCUUUGCAGCGGUGAAGAGUUUUCUGCGUCCGUACUUGCGCUCUCCUCGCCAGGCGUGUCUCGGAUUCUUUAACGCAACAAUUUCUGGUCUGCGUGUCGCGUACAUCGUUACCGCCUUUUCGGUUGUUCUUCCGUCAUUGGUUGCUCUGAUUCUGGAGCUCUACGUGUUGAUUCCGCUCCACACUUUUUUCGGUGGCGCCCAGGCGCCGGUCAUUCACUUCGUCCAGGACUGGACUCUGGGAGUCCUGUAUGUCCAGAUGGCGAUCAAGAUCACACUGUGGAACCGAAGGUCUCGUCCGGCCAUCGCGCUCAAGAACAUCUUCCCGGAGGAGGAUGGUUGGUUUAACCCCAAUGUUCGUCUGGCAACACGGGCAUUAUUGCUCCCGAUUAUCCUUGCAGGUACUAUCGCUGUGGUCAUCCCGCUCAUGUUUGGAUUUGCACUGAACUCAACCGUGUUUGCUUCCUCGCUCGAUGUGCAGUCCAAGGUCUACCGUUAUGCGUACCCCAGCACUCUAUUAUUGGGCGUCAUGCUAUGGUUAGCGAUUUGGGUGCGCCGACAAAUUGAAACCUGGCGGACCAAUGUCAGAGAUGAUGUGUAUCUGAUCGGGGAGCGGCUGCAUAACUUCCGCGACAAGAAUCCUCAGGUUAGUGCGGCCAGCAGGUGA